AUGGCUCGACAUAUGCUGCUCUGGCUCUCACGAGCACGGCUUGCUCAACAAGCUGCUCAAAGGGUGGCUCCUGCGAAACGUGCCUUGAUCCGACCCUUUCACUCUACCCUCGCAGCCCGUACAGAUGGCGUCUACAAAGCUCUUACAGAGAUGCGAGUUCGAACACCCUGGAUUCAAGCACUUCGGGAAAGAAAAGAGGCGGAGGAGAACCCCCAAACAGCGGCGGUGGAAAGCCCUAAGCCUGUCCUGACGCCCAAGAAAAUGUCGGACAGCUAUGUCAGCCUUAUUCUGCCUCUCUCUCAAGAUCCCUGGUUGCUCGACACGUACGCAAACUAUACGGGCCAGAUCCGUAUCGGUACGUUGCUCAUGGACCUGGACGCGCUGGCCGGUGUGGUCGCCUACAGACAUACUGGUGAGGGAGUAAGCAAUGUGACCGCUGCUGUGGACAGGAUUACAAUCAAGAACCCAAUCCGAGAGAUUUGUGAUUUGGAGCUCAGUGGACAAGUGACGUACGCUACCGGAAGGAGCAGUUUGGAAGUGACUCUGCAGAUCGCGAAAGCUCCAGCCCCUGGUCGACAAGUUGCACCAGAGGAUGUCUUUAUGACCUGCGCUUUCACCAUGGUGGCGUUGGAUCCCAUCACCAAGAAACCCGUCAAUAUCGCCCCCCUGGAAGUCAGUACUCCCGCAGAGAAGGCGCUGUUCGCCAAAGGCGAAGAGAAUUACCGACACAAAAAGGCCAUGAGGUCCACACACAUUUUGACCAAGCCACCUGAUGCAGAUGAGUCGGCUCUAAUUCACAAAAUGUGGACCGACUCCCUGGCGUAUGCUGACAGCAAGAACCCGAAGAAGCAGCCCUCCAAUGUCCUAGCCAUGUCUAAGACCACUAUCCACAGUACUCAAAUCAUGAUGCCGCAGUACAGGAACCGGCAUCAUUUCAUGAUCUUCGGGGGUUUCUUGCUCAAACAGACAUUCGAACUGGCUUUCACGUGUGCGGCCUCUUUCUCGCAUACUCGUCCGCGGUUUUUGAACCUCGAUCCUAGUACAUUUGAAGAACCUGUACCUGUUGGUUCGGUGCUCUACGUCUCGGCGGGUGUUUCGUUUACGGAGCCUCACCCCAGUGGCGGCACUCGCAUUCAAGUCAUGGUGCGGACGCACGUCCGGCCUGUUGAACAUCAGGAUCAAGAAAGGAAGUCUACUGGAACAUUCUUUUAUACCUUCUUUUCCCCGGCAGAUGUGAGUGUUUUGCCGCAAAGUUAUUCAGAGUUUAUGGGGUGGGUGGCUGGAAGGAGACGUGCCGAGAGAUUGUCAGCCAUGUUGGACGCUGACCCGAAUCUUGUACUCGGGAGUCUGCAUGACGAUAACGUGACAGAGUGA